AUGCCUCACCCGCAGCUUCCUCUAACGCCUGCUUCCUCGGUGGAAAUCAAGGGGCAGGAUGGUUCGCGGUUCGGGUCCCUCCAGAUGUCCUUCGAACUUCCCCCGCCCGCGGUGCCAGCCGCGGGCACAAGAAUGGAGUCCCAGCCGUCGUCAUCAAGCACCUCGUCCAAGGCAUCGUCCGCUUCGUCUUAUCACCCUCCUGCGAUUCCUGCGAGCGAGACGGUCAAGACCCGUCGACGCUCCUCCGCGGUGCAGCCGCCGAACAAAGACUCCUUCGCCCUCCCUCCACCACCAACGAGGUCUCGGAAAAUAAUACAGGUGAAGCCUCGAGGCCAACCGCAAGAAGCAGCAGAGUCCGUUAAGGAUACCACGAGAGAUGCCCCCUCCAAGGCGACAUCAGGCUCGAAGAAAAAACAGCCAUCGUCGACGAGCGUUGCGGGCCGAAAAAUAGCGAGGAAGACGGCACAUAGCCUGAUCGAGCGACGAAGACGAUCCAAAAUGAAUGAAGAAUUUGGGGUCUUGAAGGAUAUGAUUCCUGCAUGUACAGGGGAGAUGCACAAGCUGGCUAUUCUGCAGGCAUCUAUCGACUACGUUCGGUACCUAGAAGACUGUGUGGCCAAGCUGAAGGCCGAGAAUAAUCGAACAAAUUCCACACCAGUCAAUGACCAGUGCAGCCUCCCUCCUCCCGCCAGGCGUGAAUCCAUUAGCACGCCCCGACAAUAUACUGACGAUGGUGAUGUGGAGAUGGGUGGCUCGGGGGGGCCGUCACCGACAUAUCCCACUCCCAUGGUAAACUCGACUCGCCCAUCGGUUUCCCCGGCCCUUAUUCCGCAGGACUCCCGACAUCGCCAGGACUCAUACUCGUCUACAUCGACGGACCAUCGCCACUAUAGCUUCAGCGCAUCCUCGACGACAUCCCCGGCUCUUGGCCCGUCCGCGUAUGAUUAUUCGAGAAGCAUUACGUCGGUGGGUUCGGCGUUGCCGAGUCCUGCUUUGUUGCCGCAGAGGGAUCUUGAUCAGGAAGCCACUGCUGCCUUACUAAUGCUCAACACUGAUAGAAGGGGAACUCGAGAAAGUAUCAGUGCAAGAGGGGGAAUAAGUGUCAAGGAUUUACUGAGCACAUGA